AUGACGAAAUCAUUAGCAGCAGCAACUGACGAAGUUCCUGACGUGAAGCUUGAAGAAGAAGAAGAAGUUGGUGGUGGACAUGUUGAUAUUCCAAAAGACAUAAUUUUUACCAUACUUGCGGAGCUUCCGGGAACCAUAUUUACAGAGUCCGAACCAAACCCACCAAAUCCUCGGAAUCCAAAAAGGAGAAACCAAAUCAUUCAGCAUUUGGAGGGAUUCCCCCCUUCUUCCUACAAUCCAAUUAUGGAAUUCGGCCCUUCACUGAUGCCCGAUUUCCCCAACGAAAUUGCCAUCGAUAUCCUCUUAAGACUACCAGUGAAAUCCUUGGGAAAAUUCAAUUGCGUGUCGCAAUCAUGGCUUUCUCUGAUCUCAAGUCCAACAUUCAUCAAAACCCAUCUGUCAUUAGCAUCUGGAAGGGAUGAUUUUGAGCACCAUCGCCUCAUCUUCAGCGUGUGUUUGAAGCAGAUGCAACAUCACGAGGUGCAUUCUGUUAAUUCUCUACUGCACGAGGGAUCCUCUGAAACGAGCCCUACUGGGUCUUUAGGCUUUUUUGAAAUAGAUUAUCCAGUUCAGGGUAAGAAGGCAUUUUUGCUGAAGUUUAGGAAACUGCCUAAACUGGAUUUGGAGGAUGUAAAAUGGGGUUACUUUGGAGAUAGACUUGGAUUUGGUUUUGAUGCUCUGAGCGAGGAUUAUAAAGUGUUUAUGGUAUCCGGGUUUUCCAAUGCAACCUAUGUGUACAGUCUCAAGACUAAUGCUUGGCGCAAGAUUGAGAAUUUUAAGAAUGGGAUUGCAGAUUUUGAGGAAGAGUAUGAGGGAUUCGGUACUGCGGGAGAGCCCUCUGUUGGGCUGUCAUGGAUGGAGUGUAUGAUUGGAAAAUUGCCAGCUUCGAUUUGCAGAAGGAAACUUAUGAAGUCAUGGAACGGCCUAUUAACCCGGAGGGUUUAUGUGAUGGAUUUGGAGAAUUAG